AUGACAGGAGAAGGUUCAGACCGUCCUAAUAAAGGAAAAGGGAUAGCAAGGCCUAAAAAGAGGCAACGGCAGUCCCCAAAGUAUGUACUUAGGGUGCCUGCUACACUACCUACCCCUACUACUGUGGUACACCCUCCCCCUACUACUGCAGUAGACCCUCCCCCUACUACUACAGUACACCUUCCCCAUACUACUGUAGUACACCCUCCCCCUACUGCUACAGUAAACCCUCCUCCUCCUAUCCCUACAGCAGAGCCUCCUCCUCCCCAUGUGAUUAUUACCCCCACUCCUCCCCCCAACCCUACUUCUAUACCUUCCUCGUCUUGUAGAUCGCCUUCUAAUACUGUCACACCUUCUGCUGAUUCAGCUGGUGAUGGUUUAUCCCAUCUAGGGUUGCUUCCCAGGCCAUCACACGAUCAAUUAAGCAACAAUAUUUGA